GAGAUCAGUUGGUUAUGGUGUUUUAUGAAAUAUAAACGUGAUGAUGUUUAGUCAUGUUUGUGAUUAUUUUGAUUUUUGUCUUGUGUUCAUAUGUUGUUUUGAGGAUAAUGGCACCCCUUUCUAAAGGAGGAAAAAUGUUUCCGUACCUCAUUGAGGAAAACAAGAGGCCGUCCAAAUCGAGCUCGCCAACGUUGAACGUGAAGACCCCGGAAGAUCCGAACGGCUUCAAGUCGACCAGCAGCCACCUCUCGCACCGGUUACAGAGCAGUUUUUCUCCCAGAUUACCAAAUUCGCCGUCACCACCUCCAAGUCCUCCCAAAUCGCCGACAACGAAGAAAGGUUCAAGAAACCGUCGCGACUCGAUCUUCGACUAUAAGUCAGAGGCAGCGAAGAAGGUGGAGCAAAUAGCGAAGAAUCGGGACGAACGGAGACAGAGACAAGCGGACGAGAAGGCGCAGAAAGAUCUGAUCAUGCACCUGGAACAGAACAACCCUUACUGGGAAUUUGCUCAGAUGAUCACCGAGUUUCGGAGCGGGGUCGAGUUUCGCCCUCUUAGGGAAAAUGACACGGUGGUUGAAAAUCAAAUAACCGUAUGUGUAAGAAAACGGCCAUUAAACGACAAAGAAGACCGCCGAAAAGAAGUUGAUGUAGUAACGGUAAACACGAGAAACCAACUGAUCGUACACGAGCCCAAACACAAAGUGGAUUUGACCAAAUAUCUGGAAAACCAACCUUUUAGAUUUGACUACGUAUUCGACGAGACUUGCACCAACGAUAUCGUAUAUAAAUUCACAGCAAAGCCACUAGUUAAGACAAUAUUUGAAGGCGGAAUGGCCACGUGUUUCGCCUAUGGCCAAACCGGCUCUGGAAAGACCCAUACCAUGGGCGGAGAAUUUAGAGGUAAGCAGCAAAACUUCAAAAAUGGCAUUUACGGUUUAGUGGCUAUGGAUGUUUUUAAGUAUCUCAACCAUUCCAAAUAUGCUCAAAAAAACUUAAUAGUAUCAGCAAGUUUCUUUGAAAUCUAUGGUAAGCUAGUGUUCGACUUACUGGCAAAGAAGCAACGCCUAAGGGUAUUAGAAGAUGGUAAACAGCAAGUCCAAGUGGUGGGCUUAACGGAAAAAAUCGUUACCAGAGUGGAGGAUGUUAUAGACCUGAUCCAGAAGGGAAGCCUGGAAAGGACUUCGGGGCAAACCUCGGCCAAUUCAAAUUCUUCAAGGUCCCACGCGGUGUUUCAGAUUAUUUUACGUAAAGCUGGGGGAAGACACAUCGAAGGAAAGUUUUCCCUAAUCGAUUUGGCUGGAAAUGAACGCGGUGCCGAUACGAAUAAAUCCAAUAGGCAAACGAGAAUCGAAGGGGCUGAUAUCAAUAAAAGCCUGUUGGCCCUUAAGGAGUGUAUUAGGGCUUUGGGGCGAAAGGGGGCCCACUUGCCCUUCAGAGGGAGCAAACUGACCCAAGUGCUACGAGACUCUUUUAUCGGAGAAAAGUCGAGGACUUGUAUGAUAGCCCUGAUCUCACCUGGGAAUUUUUCAGUGGAUCACUCCUUGAAUACUUUAAGAUACGCCGAUAGAGUUAAGGAAUUGAUUGCCACUGAGAAUCCGGAAGAUGUGAGCGAUGAAGCGAUGUACGCGGAUGAAGAUAUCUCAGAAGAUAUUAAUGAUGUCGAUGAGGAAAUGCUGAAGGAGGAAGAGAAAAGGAUGCAAAUCGCUUCUAUGGAGUGGGAGGUGCUGGAAAGUAACCGGCAUGUCAUAGAAAGUUGCGUGUACUUCCAUAAAAUGGCUUGUGAACUUUACAAGGCGAGUCAGAAGAACGGGUUCGAUAAGAACCAUUACGCGAACAGUUGGAAGAACUUACUUAGCGAAAUGAUUGAUAUACAGAAGACGGCCCUUUUGAAAGCCAACGAAUUUUGCCAUAUCUUAGAUGGCACUCAGUAGUAGAUGUACUUUUAUUUAUAUUUAUUUAUUGUAAAAUAACACAUUUUUUUUAAUUUUUAAUAAAUUUAUUUAAAAAUCGAA